UUCGUUUUCACUGCCUAUUUCAAUUUGCUUCGAUUCUCUGUUUCUCGUCUCUCUCCAAUCUCUCUCUCUUUGUUUCUCUUUCUAUUUGGCUGUUUUCUAAAGAGUCAAAGGUGGAUUAUCUUGUUCGUUAUGGAGUUUCCAUUUUGAAUAUCAGAAUGAGGGUGGUGAUUUUUCGGACUGGGUAAUCUAGGGUUUUCGCUGCAGCUUCUUCUGAUGAUCUAGUUCAUCACUAACGUCAUCCGAUGAUGUUGUCAAAAAUUGAAGCUGGUAAGAAGACUGGCGAAAGUUCGAGGGAUGGGAAGCUGUUAAAAGAGAUUGAAACUAUAAGCAAGGCUUUGUAUCUGGAUAAAAGAUUUCCGAGAAAUACUGUAUCUUCUGCUAAUUCUCGGUCCAAGUCUGCCGGGAAAUCUCACUUACCUGAACCAAGAUCAAAGCCUGCAGCUAGUAAUGAAGAUCCUUCACGCAAAGAUAAGAAGUCCAUAUGGAAUUGGAGACCGUUAAAGGCCUUUUCCCAUAUCCGCAACCGGAGGUUUGACUGUAGUUUUUCUCUCCAAGUCCAUUUGAUUGAAAAGUUACCUUCAAAUUUUAACGAUGCAAGCCUUUGUGUAUACUGGAAGAGGCGGGAUGGGGUUUUGGUGACCCGUCCAGCCAAGGUGGUUCAAGGCAUGGCUGAAUUUGAAGAGAAACUGACCUACACUUGCUCAGUGUAUGGCAGUAGGAGUGGACCUCACCAUUCAGCUAAAUAUGAAGCUAAGCAUUUUUUACUCUAUGCUUCUAUUCUUAGUGCGCCAGAACGUGAUUUGGGGAAGCAUAGGGUAGACCUCACAAGGUUGCUUCCGCUUACACUGGAAGAACUAGAGGAGGAGAAGAACUCAGGGAAGUGGACUACAAGUUUUAGAUUAUCUGGAGUUGCCCGGGGUGCUGUAAUGAAUGUUAGUUUUGGGUAUGAGGUGGUUGGUAAUAACAAUAACGCUACCAAGGACAACCAUAUUGUUCCUAGUGCAUUGACUUCAAGGCGAGUUGGAAGUAUGCCAAGUAUCCCCAAGCAGUAUUCUCCUCGAACUGUAGAUGAGGUAAAGGAUCUUCAUGAGGUUUUGCCCACAUCUAAGUCGGCACUGGCCAGCUCAAUAGACUUCCUAUAUCAGAAGUUUGAUGAAGAAAAGACAAACAGUCCAGUGCAUGAAAAACCUGAACAGGAUUUGUGCUCUGAGAAUCUUGAGCAAAUCAAACCAAAUGUCGAUCAGUUGACUGAUUCUGGGAAAGAAAAAUCUGAGGAGUGUGUUGGUGAUGAGGAAAAAUGCAGCCCAGUUCUUGGCAAUCCUGAAAUUAAUGUCUUUCAAGAAAAUGUGGAGCCAGUCCAAUCUGAUGAUGUUAAUGAAAACCUUGAAGAGUGUCAAGGUAGAUUUUCUGUUGUUGAUCAGGGUGUAGAAUCGUCAUCAAAUGAACCUGAUAACCUAGAGGCAUCCACCACAAAGGUUCAUGAUUCUGAUGUUGAUAUCCAUGAUACUGAUAGUAUCCAGUUAUCUUCUGAAUAUGCUACCAAAAGUGACUCCUUGGGUGAGGAAAAUGAUGAUUCUAAGGAGAAGGAUGCAUCAAACAAAUUCACUUUUGAAGAUGAUGACUUUAUCACUAAAGAGCUGCUCAUGCAGGAAUUAGAAUCAGCUUUAAGCAGCAUCUCAGAUUUGGAGACAGCUGCACUGGAAUCUCCCAAAGAUGAGAAAUAUGCUGAAGCCAAAUCUGAAUAUAAAAUGAGAAAAUCACAUAGCUUGGAUGAUGUUACAGAAUCAGUUGCCAGUGAAUUUUUAAGCCUGAUAGGUGCUGACCAUAGCCCAUUUGGUUUGAGUUCUGAAAGUGAAGCUGAGUCCCCAAGGGAGCGCCUUUUAAGGCAAUUUGAGAAGGAGGCUCUGGCUGAGGGUUUUUCUUUAUUUGAUUUUGAAAUGGGUGAUGAUGAAGUUGAAAUUGACCAUAAUGGUCCUGUUGGAUCCGAGCAGUGGGACUUCUCUGAGGGCCCCAGAUCUUCAUCACUGUUACAAGAUCUGCUGCAGGAGGUUCAUCCAGCUGAGUCUCAAGAAGUGAGGAGCAAACAGAGGGCUCAGAUGGUAGAAGACUUGGAAACAGAAGCCUUGAUGCGUGAGUGGGGUUUGAAUGAGGAUGCUUUUAAGCAUUCUCCACCAAAAGACUCUGCUGGUUUUGGAAGUCCUAUCCACUCAUCACCUGAAGAGCCUAUUACUUUGCCUCCUCUUGCAGAGGGGCUAGGUCCUUUUCUUCAGACAAAAGAUGGGGGAUUUUUACGAACUAUGGAUCCCUCACUUUUUAGGAAUGCUAAAAGUGGUGGAAGCUUGAUUAUGCAAGUUUCCAAUCCUGUCGUGGUACCCGCAGAGAUGGGUUCUGGUGUGAUGGAGAUUUUGCAGCGUUUGGCUUCAUUGGGAAUUGAAAAGCUUUCAGUGCAGGCAAAUAAGUUAAUGCCUCUGGAGGAUAUCACAGGGAAGACAAUGCAGCAAGUGGCAUGGGAAGCUAUGCCUCUCUUAGAGGGAACAGAGAGGCAAUGUCUGUCACAGCAUGAUUUGGUGGCGGGGCAAGAUACUAGUUCUGUGCAAAGGGGCUUGAAAGGAACAUCAUCAGGACCAAAGGCUACAAAGGCUAGUACAAGUUCAUUAGGCAAUCAAACAAGCUCGGAAUUUGCUUCAUUGGAAGAUCUUGCUCCAUUGGCUAUGGAUAAAAUUGAAGCACUUUCGAUGGAGGGUUUGAGAAUCCAGUCUGGGAUGUCUGAUCAGGACGCACCAUCAAACAUCAUUGCACAAUCCAUUGGGGAUGUUUCAGCUCUCCAGGGCAAGGGGGCUGAUAUUAGUGGGUCUCUUGGCCUGGAUGGAGCUGCAGGUUUGCAGUUGUUGGAUCUAAAAGACAGCAGUGAUGGUGUUGAAUCUGUUGAUGGGAUAAUGGGCCUAUCAUUAACUCUGGAUGAAUGGAUGAGGUUGGAUUCUGGUGAGAUCGAUGAUAUAGAGAAUAUCAGUGAUCAUACUUCUAAACUUCUUGCUGCCCAUCAUGCCAACUCUUUCGACUUCGUUCGUGGGACCUCUAAGGGAGAGAAGAAAAGAGGCAAAGGCCAUGGCAGAAAGUGUGGUCUGUUGGGAAAUAAUUUUACAGUAGCUUUGAUGGUGCAACUGCGUGAUCCUCUGAGAGACUAUGAGCCUGUUGGAACACCAAUGCUUGCUCUGAUACAAGUUGAGAGGGUGUUUGUCCCACCAAAGCCAAGAAUUUACUGCAAUGUGUCGGAGAUAAGGAACAAUAACGAUGAAGAUGAUGAGCGUGAAACUAGUGCCAAGUCGGAGUCAAAGGAUGACAAGAAAGAAGAGAGAACCUCUGAAGAGGAGGUCAUUCCUCAGUUCAAAAUAACUGAAGUCCACGUUGCUGGUCUGGCAACCGAGCCUGAACCCCGCAAAAAGAAGCUAUGGGGAACUUCAACCAAUGAAAAGUCUGGCUCCCGUUGGUUACUUGCAAAUGGAAUGGGGAAGAGCAAUAAGCAUCCAAUAAUGAAGUCAAAAAUUACUUCUAAAUCUAGUACUUUAGCUACAACAAAGGUGCAACCUGGUGAUACAUUGUGGAGCAUAUCAUCUCGUAUUUAUGGUUCUGGAGCAAAAUGGAAGGAACUGGCAGCUCUAAAUCCGCAUAUCAGAAACCCCAAUGUCAUUAUAUCAGAUACAACCAUUAGAUUGAAGUGAAUGUAAGUUAGAGGAAUGUCAUUUCAGAUUUUUCUUUGUUAGGUCUUAUCCUUCUUGUCAGAUCACGAAUAAAGCAACCUUCCCUUGAAAAAUUACAAGUACUGAAUGACAUAUGGGGAAUGUGAAUAGAAGUAAAUCAGCAUUAGGCUUGUUUUUGUUUUUUCAAUUUAUAGAGUUGUUUGUAAGAUUCCAUUGCUGUAUUUAUGUCCUCUGGAAGGAGUGUGUGUAAAUCACAUUUGGAUAAAUUAUAUUGCUGUGAAAAGAAA